AUGGCGGAAUACCCUGUGAAGUCUACUUCGCAGUCCACUUACGGUCGAAUGGAACGCACCUUUAGUCAUGAUAUGAUAUAUCCCAGCAGCUUUGACAUUUCCUGUUCAUGCUCGGCCAUUAAUAAUAAAUCCAAAGAGAAGGUGGCUAUCAAGAAGCUGCACCGACCCUUUCAGUCAGAGAUCUUCGCGAAGAGAGCCUAUCGUGAACUGAGGCUGCUCAAGCAUAUGAAACAUGAAAAUGUAAUAGGCUUGCUAGACGUCUUCACUCCUGCCUCCAGACUGGACGACUUCCAAGACUUCUACCUGGUGAUGCCGUACAUGUACACAGACCUCUCUAAAGUCAAGGGCAUCCUUACAGAAGACCGUAUCCAGUUCCUGGUCUAUCAAAUGCUGUGCGGACUAAAGUACAUUCAUGGUGCUGGCAUCAUUCACAGAGACCUCAAACCAGGAAACCUGGCUGUGAACCAAGACUGUGAGCUGAAGAUCCUGGAUUUUGGCCUGGCGCGCCAUGCAGAAGCAGAGAUGACAGGUUACGUAGUGACGAGGUGGUACCGGGCCCCUGAGGUCAUUCUAAACUGGAUGCACUACACGCAGACAGUGGAUAUCUGGUCUGUUGGGUGCAUCAUGGGUGAAAUGUUCAAUGGAAAAACACUCUUUAAAGGAAAAGACUACAUGGACCAGUUGAUUCAGAUAAUGAAAGUUACAGGGACACCAGGUCCAGAAUUUAUUGAGAAACUAGAAAGCCCAGAGGCAAAAAGCUAUGUCAAAUCCCUGCCCCACUACCCACGCAAAGACUUCUCGACAUUGUUUCCCAGAGCCAGUGAAAAAGCGGUAGAUCUGCUUGAGAAGAUGCUGGUGUUAGAUGCUGAUGCUCGUCUCACUGCUGAUGGUGCACUGGCACACAGUUAUUUUGAUGGCCUGAGAGACCCAGAGGACUGCCCAGAGCCCACGCCGUACGAUGACCGCUACGACAACGCCACAUUGCCCUUAGAAGAGUGGAAACGUUUAUCGUUUAAAGAAGUGAGGAGCUUUGUUCCUUUCCCAAGAAGAGACUCAAAGAGAAGAAACACACUCACAAUGUCCUAGUGAUAGUGGGUCUGACAUUAUAUUGCAAUUAUGCCAUUUAGUUUCCGCCUAUGAACAAUUUAGAAUUGUUUAUUGACUCCUAAAAAGUAUAUGAAUAGCAGUAUUUUGUAUAAUAACUGACUUCUUAAGGAAUAUGUGGUAUAUCUGGACAUCUGGUGAAUGAACAUUUUAUUUUGAUAUAGUGGUAACUGUCCUACAUUUAUCGCCAGUAUGCAUAGCACCUUAAAGGGAUCAUUUGCUCACCCUCACACCAUUUAUACAGAAUUUAUUCCAUCCCUGUGCUGUUUCAGACAGCUUGUGGGCCAUAUUCAAAGUCAUCUAAAGCCGUAUGAUAGCUUUUUGAGGGGAACAAACCAAAACCUAAAUUCUCUCAUUUUUUCACAAAAAAAGAAAAUAAUUUUAGAUGAUAUGAGGGUGAGUAAAUGAUGACAGACUUUUUAUUUUUAGUAAACU